UCAUUUUAAUUGAAAUCAUCUUUAAGUCAUCCGUGCCAAAAACAUUUCUCAAUUUUCGGGCAUAAAUGUCACGCCGGUGUUUUUGUUUUAUUGUGAAAUGGUGUAAGCGGAAGUCUUACCGUGCGUCGAAACGUAGGCAAAAGUUCCACAAAGAGGGAAACGCAGCCAAGUCGGGAGAGAGAGAGAGGGAGGAACUGACCGAGCGAGCGAGCGAGCGAGCGACUGCUGUAUAAUGGAAAGAAGGCGCCGGUGUUGUGUGUCGUGAUCUAGUUUAUUUGCUUCGAUAAUAUAAUGGGAGAAUUCAAUUAACAGUGUUUGGUGAAGUGACUACGCUAUGGACCCUUAAAGAUCUUCUCGUAGGAGCGGGGGGUUUCUUCGGACCAUUUUGCCAUCCAGAGGAGCUGUCCAAGAUGUCCACUCAUAACAUCCAGCAGCCCUCCAAACGGGAGAGGAAAAGCAGUUUUUUCAAGUUGAUUGAAUCCUUUGCUUUGGAAAUUGGCACUUUGAAAAAGGAGAUGGGGAAAAAGCCUGAGCCGAUAGAAGAGCACAAGACGGAUUCAAUGCACGGACUGAGCCAAGAAGUCGGGGGUCUCUUCCUACAAGCAUCCCCUUGUUCUGACACGGCGACCGGAGUCAGGGACUCGGGCUACGAUUCCCUCCGUCGGCGACUCAGUGUUUUGGACAGAUUAAUCAAUACGCAUUGUGUGUGGCUCCAACUUGAUCUAAGCCAUCAGGACGCCGUACAUAUCCUACAGGACCGAGCGCCUGGAACAUUUGUGGUGAGGAAGUGUUCGAGCUUGCAGAAAAAGGUCCUAUCUUUACGCAUGGACAAGCACUCUCCACUUCCUGUCAAAGACUUUGUUGUCAAAGAGAGCCAGUACACUUUUUCUUUGGAAGGAUCCGGCCUGAGCUUCGCGGACCUGUUUCGGCUUGUGGCUUUCUGCUGCAUCAGCAGGGAUGUGCUUCCCUUCACCUUGAAGCUCCCAGAAGCCAUCGCUUCAGCCAAAACCUCUGCUGAGCUUGCACAGAUUGCCAAACUUGGAGCAGGUAGCGAUGCUUUCUGGGACAGUGAAUGGUGUCAGAAGAGGAAGGGUUCCUCCUCCUCCUCCUCCUCCUGCUCCAUUUUCUUUGGAGCCACAGCUCCUGACAGAGGACCUCCGCCCGGCCAGCACGCACUCUCCGUCGCAGCCGCCCCGAGCCGCCCUCGACUGGAAACUCGCACCCCUUCAGAACUCGAGUGUUGCCAGUCUAAUGGGGCGCUCUGCUUCAUCAACCCACUUUUCAUUAGGCUUCAUCAUCCAGAGAGCGAGCACAGUCCCGAAUUAAAUUCCUCUGGUCCGAGUCCAAAUCACAGCCCGGAAAAAAGCGGCGGCGGCGGCGGCGGCGGCGGCGGCGGCGACGGCGACGACAGGCCUGCGAGUUGCGACUCCAAUUUCAGGGACGACCAACAGUCCAAUGAAAAUAAGCCCUUUAGCCUUGGGAGCGACACGCAAGUACAAGCUGCAAAAAAGCAAAGCGCGGAAGACACUACGUCACGGUCUCCGCCGAGUCGGCCAGCCCCGCCUCCGGUCCGCCAGCGCAGUAUGCCAGAGAAAAUUGCCUGGGUCAAUGUCCCCAAGGAGAAGGCGGAAGACAAGGAGCGCAGCAGUAGCCUCUUAUCCCGUCUGGGUUCUUCACUUAGUAUCAGCCCCUCGUCGUCCCCUCCCAAGAGACUCAGCAUCAGCUCCCCUAUCUCCAUCCCGAGACCUUCUUUCCCCAUCUCUUUGGCGUCUCUAUCCUCGUCGCCUCGAAGGGCCAAAUCCUCCCCGUCUUCCUCGCUGGAGGAUGCCCAGUGUCACCUGGCGCUCGAGGAGCAAACCAUUGAAAAGGCGCUUCUGAAGGCCAAACGAUCUCAGCGGAGCAGCGGCAAAGCUUGUACGCAGCCCCGCAGCAGUCUCGCCGACACAAUGACCGUAAGCCAACAAGCGGUGGCGGUGCGCGCAAGCGCUGCAGAACAAGCAGGAGAGGAAGGCCAGAACGGGGUGAGCCAGCGUCUCAGCGACGUGAGCCUUUCCACGGAUUCUUCAGACUCCCUGGAUUUCUUCUCUCAGUCGUCUCCUUUCUUCCUUCCUCCCCUCCAUGACCCCAGUCCGCCUACGGUGGCCGAUUUCAACACCCACCUCCCCCUUUCGCUGCCCUCGUCCCAUCUUCUGUAUUGUAGCACGGAGGACGACGACGACGACGACGAGGAGGAGGACGAAGACGAAGAGGAGCCCGACUACGGCCUGGAAAGCGACCAGGACCAAGACCAGGAGCUGACCAUGAUGCCGCCCGGGCACAGGACGAGGCGGGGGCGGCGGCCGAGCGCCAGCGCUUUAGUCCUCCAGAAAGCGCUGCGAGGUCAUCUGCGCAAGAUGAGUGGCGUUUUUAGCUCCCUGUUGACACCAGAGAAGAGAGCCGUUCGCAGGGUGCUGGAAUUGUCCAAAGACAAAGCCUCCUACUUUGGCUCCCUGGUGCAGGACUACCUGAGCUUCAUGGGGGAAGGGCCAGGCAGCCCCCCGACCUGGCAAAGCUUUGCCUCUGGACUGGAACUGCUUCAAACGCUGCGUCAGUUUAUCACACAAAUGAAGAGUUACCUGCGACAAAGCUCCGAACUUGGUUUGCCCAUCGAGAGCCUCAUACCUGAAGACCAAAUAGACCAUGUCUUAGAGAAAGCCAUGCACAAGUGUGUUCUGAAGCCUCUCAAAGCCAUGAUUAGUGCAGCGCUGCAGGAGUUUCAAGUGCGCAGCGGCGAAUGGCAAGAGCUGAGGGACAACAUGUCUCUGGCCAAAGCUCGCCAGCCGCAGGAAAUGGGCGUGGAGGACACGGUGCCGCCGGAUCCCAUCGCUCUAGAGAAGAUCAAGUGCAAGUUUGACACCAUGUGCAAGCUGUACUCUCCGGAAAAGAAGGUCACCAUGCUGCUGAGGGUUUGCAAACUCAUCUACACCAUUAUGGAAGACAAUUCAGGCCGACUGUACGGUGCAGACGACUUCCUGCCGAUGCUGACCUACGUGUUGGCACAAUGUGACAUGCCGCAGCUGGACAAUGAGAUACUUUACAUGAUGGAGCUACUGGAUCCCUCGCUGCUUCAUGGAGAAGGCGGCUAUUAUUUGACGAGUGCAUACGGAGCAAUGUCAUUGAUCCGGAACUUCCAAGAGGAGCAAGCUGCCAGGGUCCUGAGCUCCAAGACGAGAAACACGCUGCACCAGUGGCACCAGCGACGCACCACUCUGCACUCGGCGCCAUCCUUCGAUGACUUCCAAAACUACCUGCGGGUGGCGCUGCAGGGGCUGGAUAGCGGCUGCACCGCUAAGACCCUCCCAGUGCGCCCCUACGCCACCGUGGAGGAAGUGUGUCAGCUGUGCGCCAUAAAGUUCAAAGUGUCUGACCCUGCCAGCUAUGGCUUGUUCCUGCUGAUGGAGGGCAACAGCCAGCAGCUGGCAGCAGACACCCAUCCUCAGAGGAUCAAGGCGGAGCUCAACAGCCGCCCGCAAGCUCCCCCCUUCCAUUUUGUUUACCGCCGCUUGGCCCAUGGCAGCGCCUCGGGCCCUCCGGACUCUUCGCCCGGUCCCGACAACCUCACUUUGAGCAACCUGAGCAACCUCACUCCUGAGCCAGCCACCCCCUCCCCUGAUUUGGACCUCAGACUGUCACGUUAAUGGAGAGAGAGAGAAAGAGAGAGACUCUUCAUCAUCGGCCAUGCAGCCUCCCUGACCGACACGCUUCCGGCCGUGGCCAACAGAGCCUUGGACCGUGUAGAGCACAACUGCGUGCUUGUAGCAGUCCGACUUCUCCUUUUGAAAGUUGAAUCAAACAGACAAGAUUGAGGAAGAGAGCAAGUUUGUUCUUUGCGCCUUCAGCUUGGGUCCUGACAGUAAACCCUUUUGUUUUAGCUCUUGUAGGGUAAUCAUUUUGCGUCUCUGUGAUUUAAGUCAACUUUAAUUAAUUUCAAGUUAAUUUUUUAUCUCUUUAAUUGUCUGACUCAUGUUCAUUUAUUGAGCUAGCUAUCUCCCCACAACAACGUGAUUUUGUGUGGUUUUAUGUGGAGGGGGGGGGGGAGCGAAGUUGCAGAACGCUUCUAUUUUGAAAAUGUCGGAGCUACUUCGCAUGCCGACACCUGACUUCCUGUCUGGUAUUUCCUCAACUUGAUGAAAUCCAGAGAACAUUGCAACUAUGCGGAGCGUAAAGCUUUCGGAACCGCACCGCAGCCGGUGUGAAUUGACAAGCGAACUCGAAUGCUUUCCUUUCCCUGCAUUUUGGUGGCCGGAAGCCCCGGCCUGCCCAUCGGACCACCGGACCGGCCGAACCGAAGAUGGGGGGGGGGCGGCCAACCGGAGAAAAGGCCGCCUACUCCGCCCCUUUCUCAUGUUCCAAACUGAACUGACGACGAGUCCAUGAACAGAACACACCUUCGCUGCUUUGCUUUGAGACUCGGAACGUUCAAUCGGUCUGUAAUCACAUAACGUGUUGUGCUCGUGCUUUGCUUUGCUUCUCAAAAAUGAAGGGCAUUCGUUUAUUAGAAA